UUGCUUUGCUUAGAGCUAGGCCGCCUAGCCACGGAGCUGCGUGACCGGGCGCGUUCGCACAAACACAACGUCUCAGGCGGCGACGAACGGGUCGUCGCGCGUGCCCCGGCCCGCCCACGCCGCCGCCUCGAGGUGGCGCUCGUUGUACGUGCGCGGCGUGGCGACCUGUCGAACGCUGCGGCGCGGCUCGCCCUCGCGCUUGACCUUGACGCGUUUCGUGGGAGGUGGUGUCGCGGGCCCCCGACGCGCCGGCGUCCGCCGCGCCGGCUUUUUGGCGCGCCGCGCGUCGGCCGCCGCGGCGCUCGCGACGGCGCGCUCCGCGUCCUCGGCCGAGCGGAAAUCCGCCUCGGCGCCGUCGGCGCGCAGUUUCUCGACGAUGUUUGCGAUUUUGCGCUCGUCCUCGGGAUGGCUGCCAGCGGCGCCCAUGCUGCUCGGCGCUAUUGCAGCUGGAGUCCAGUGAUCGAUGGCACGACGAAACGCGCUGUAGCGGCAGCUCUACAGCCGGCAGCACUG